GAUAAGUCGGGGCCCUGCAGGGAGUUGCAGUUACAGAAUGUUUGUGGGAGCGACUUGUCAUUAAUCCAAAGUUACCAAGGUGGUGACAAUGAGAAUGGCCAUGUCAUGCGGAGGAAGGUUAGUCCAGCGCCUGGAUUUUUCCAGCAGUGAAGAAGAGGAUGGUCUCAGCAAUAGAAUUAAUGAAGCCCCCCAGAAGGGGAGUCCCGUGAGUUCCUGGAGGACCAAUAACUGCCCCUUCCCCAUCACCCCCCAGAGGAACGAGAGGGGACUUUCUCCUACUCAAGAGCUGAGCCCAAGUAGCGACUACUCGCCCGACCCAAGUGACAAGGGUGUGGGGGGUGAAUGCCCUGGUACCCCCCUACACUACAGCACAUGGAAGAAGCUCAAGCUCUGUGACACCCCUUAUACCCCAAAGAGUCUUCUGUACAAAACUCUUCCCUCUCCAGGGUCCCGAGUUCACUGCAGGGGCCAAAGACUCCUCCGUUUUGUGGCUGGAACUGGGGCAGAAACUGAAGACCCGACUCUGGUCAAUGUCAACCCCUUCACCCCACAAUCCUACCGACAAACCCACUUCCAACCCAACGGGAAGAGGAAGGAGAGGCCCGAGGAUGACUGCAGUUCUGAUUCGCAGAUGAAAUUUACAGACAAGGAGAAUCCGGCAGUUUUCCAGUCCAAGAGGUUUGUGUUAUGGGAGACCAACAUGGAGUCUCGCUACAAGACGGAAUUUCUGGAGAUCGAGAAAAUUGGCGCAGGGGAAUUUGGGUCUGUGUUCAAGUGUGUAAAGCGCCUGGAUGGUUGUUUCUAUGUCAUCAAACGCUCCAAGAAGCCAUUGGCUGGCUCCACCGAUGAGCAGCUGGCUCUGAGAGAAGUGUAUGCUCAUGCGGUUCUGGGUCACCACCCCCAUGUCGUGCGUUAUUACUCCGCAUGGGCGGAAGAUGAUCACAUGAUCAUUCAGAAUGAAUACUGCAAUGGUGGCAGCCUACAGGACCUGAUCAUGGAGAAUAACAAGAAGGGACAGUUUGUGCCGGAGCAGGAGCUGAAGGAGAUCCUUCUACAAGUGUCCAUGGGCCUGAAGUACAUCCACGGCUCUGGGCUGGUGCACAUGGACAUCAAGCCAAGCAACAUAUUUAUCUGCCGGAAGCAGACAGAGGUGGGUGAGGACGAGAGCGAUGGUGAAGACGACGUCUCCUCUGCCAGUGUCCUCUAUAAGAUCGGGGACCUUGGUCAUGUGACAUCUAUACUUAACCCCCAGGUGGAAGAAGGUGACAGCCGGUUCCUGGCCAAUGAGAUACUGCAAGAGGAUUACAGGCAGCUGCCCAAGGCUGACAUCUUUGCGCUUGGUCUCACUAUUGCUUUGGCAGCAGGAGCCGCUCCCCUUCCCUGUAAUGAAGACGGCUGGCACCAUAUCAGAAAGGGCAACUUGCCCCACAUUCCCCAGCCGCUGACUCCGGCCUUCCUCGCCCUGCUCAAGCUGUUGGUUCAUCCAGACCCAGUUACCAGACCCCCGGCUGCGUCUCUGGCUAAGAAUUCUGUGUUGAGACGAUGUGUUGGGAAGGCGGCCGAGCUCCAGAAACAGCUCAAUGUGGAGAAGUUCAAGACGGCCAUGCUUGAGAGGGAGUUGCAAGCUGCUAAAUUGGCCCAGGACGAGUGUUUGGAUCUGCCCCCCGUAUCUGGUUUCUCCUGCCGCGGACGGAAACGCCUCGUUGGGGCAAAAAACGCCCGUUCCCUGAGCUUCACCUGCGGAGGGUAUUAACCCCGUCUGCCUCAAACCAAAUCCAUUCUCCUCUGCUUUAAUUCUGCCCCCCAUGGGAAUUAUGUAUUCCCUGCUGUGUAUUUUAAUUUUGCAAAAACUCCAGAAACUUUCAGAAUGUAAAUGGUUAAACAUGGAAUAAGGAGCUGGACUUGAGUUUAAUUGCUUUUGGCACUUUCCCAUGAGCCUCUCUGGGAAGGAAUGAACUUUAAUUUAUUGACUUUGUUUUAUUAUCUUAUUGUCUUUUAAAUAAAAUUUUAAUGUGUAACCU